AUGCUCAAGUUCCGCAACAUCUCCCUCCUUCGUCGCAUCUAUGUCUGGGGCCUCGGCGUCAUCACCCGCAUCGCCUACGGUCCUGACUUGCGCAAUGCCGCUUCGCUUGAAAAUGAACCAAACCCGGACAUCUCUCGUAUCCGACGCAUCAAUUCUGAGCUCGAGUUCGGCCCGGGCGUCUGGCAGAAGGAGUUCAUCCAGAGCUCUGUUCGCGUCUCUCACAAUGACAUGAAUGAGGCCUUUCAACUCGGCGACAUCGCCAAUUUUGUUUCUGACGGUGUGCAGGCUAUCGCCGCUGACACCCUCACCGCUUGUUUCACUGCCGAGCCCCCAGAUCCGUGGAACUUUCUGACGAGGAACAUUCCGGCGGGACAAUGGCAGAUGACCCCGUACAAUACAUUGCUUUGGCUCGUUGGCAUUUGGGCCAGGUACUGUUUCUUGCUCCCACUCCGGUUAAUGGUCAUCAUCGUCGGCGCCAUUUCGUUUUCACUCGGCUGGCCGCUGGCCACACUGUUGCCGGGCGAGGAGCGCAAACGCGUCGCCCACAAAUGGCUGCUGCGAUACCUCGCCUCCGUUGUAGUUCUCUCCUGGUCCGGCUAUGUUAAAUUUCAUGGCAAGCGCCCCGAGCGUCGUCCGAAUCAGAUUUAUGUGGCGAACCACACCUCCCCAAUCGACCUGUUCAUUCUGCAAAAGGACUACAACUUUAGUUGCAUUGGGCAGCGUCAUAGCGGGCUCGCUGGCUUCCUUCAGGAUUUGCUCAUGGCGGCACAGGACCAUGUGUGGUUUGAUAGGGGGGAAGCGGGGGAUCGUCGUGCGGUGAUACGCCUUUUGAGAGAGCACGUCGCAGAUGGUAACAAGGAGCCCAUGCUGGUAUUUCCGGAGGGGACUUGUACGCAUUCUGAGUAUUGCAUCAUGUUCAAGAAGGGGAGUUUUGAACUUGGUGCUGAAGUGCACCCGAUUGCUAUGCGAUACAGGCGACGCUUUGGUGACCCGUUUUGGAACUCUCAGAAUACAUCGUUUCCGAGACACCUGUUUGAGUUGAUGACAUCAUGGGCUGUGGUUUGCGACGUGUACUACAUAGAUCCCGUGCACAUUCGAGAGGACGAGACAGCGGUGCAGUUUGCAAACCGUGUGAAGCGGCUUAUUUGCGAGCGAGCAAGUCUCGUCAGCGUGAACUGGGACGGGUUCCUCAAGCGGCAUCGGAUUUCACCGAAAUUCCUCGACUCACGGCAACGUGCGUUUGCUUCAAUUAUCACUCGUCGUCUUCAAGGUGAGCUUCCCCGACCGAUGAGUUCAUCCGCUCUGGCUGCAAUAGCAUCUGGUGGGCUCGCACAAACUUCCGAACACCCAUUAACAAGCGGGAUGGACUCACUCGGAUUCUUCGAUAAGCGAAUGAAUAAGCAGGAGUUGCGGGCGCCAAGAAGAUCGUCGAGGCUGUAUCGAAAUGUGCUGACGCUUCGUAGGCGUAGGGGCGAGGACGCAGAUGAAACAGAUAGGGGGACGAUUGGGCUUGCUGGGCGGAGGCAAAGAACGGUGCGGUUUAUGGAGAGCACGCUGCAGAACACUGUGCGAUGGGCGAUGGGAAUUGGAUUGUUCGUCGCGGCGGCGCUGGUGACGGAUCGAUUCAUGCCAGCGUCUUGGAAAGAAGCUGUGCGAAACGGUUUGAUUCAAUGACAGUAGCAGUCGCAGAGUGUGAUGCACUCAGAAUAGGUACGUUUGCAUAGGGCGGAGAUGUACGUCAAGUCGUCACGAAAUGGGAAUUCGGAAUCCGUUAACUGCGGCACGUUGAAUGUGACCAGUCGGGCACACGCGGUCUGCUCGUGGUCAUGACCCAAAACUAGUUUGUUUAUGCGCAAGUCGACAGCGGUCGACGGUUUGUACUUGGAAGGUUAAAUCGCUUGGUGUCAAUAUA